AAAAGUAUUUAAUUAAUGCAAUAGCUGCAAGGGUAUAUGAACUUCGGCUUGCCGAAGUUUGCUUUCCUUCUUGUUUUUUUCUUUGUUUUUGCCUGGUACCGCCCCAUAAAUCCGUGGGCUCCUUACCUAGACCAACUGACAAUUGCCUGGGGAUUGUCAACGCCUUGGAAACUGAUGGAAAGUGCCCGCGUUUGUUGAUUUCCUCUUCGCUCUUGUUUUCCUUUGUUUUGGCCCAAGGGCCGAGGGACACGGUUUAACGCUCCUGCGUGGAGUUAAUCGGGCAAUCAAAACAACUGAAACAACCACAACAAUUGCACCCAGGAGCCAGUAAAACAUGGGCAAGGCGGGCGCCGGCAAGGGUCGUUCGCCAACACCGACACCCAAUCGCGAUGGUGGGGCUGCGGCAACGGCUGGUGGUGCUGCAGCGGCACCCACAGCAACUGGAGCCGCCGCUGGCGUCGGCAGAUCCACACUACAUGCCAACAAAACGAUACUGAAAACGGUAUCCGUGUUCCUUGCCAGCGGCAAGCGCAACUCGAGCAACCAACAGUCGAAGGCCGCCGCGGCUGCUUUGCAGAACAAACGGCAACAGCGGCAACGGAGGAUGGAUGAGCUGAGCGGCAAAGUGAAUCCCAAGCUGCUGGACAGUCUGCGCAAGAAGACGCGCUUCACCAAGGACGAACUGGACGCCUUGUGCCGGAUCUAUCGCAAGCUGGUGUCCAAUUGUCAGUAUGCAGCCAAAACGCUGGCCUCCAGCUCCUCGAGUGCAGCGAUUGCCAAGCCACAUGCCGCUGUCGAGGGCAUCGACCGCAUUGUGUUCCGUGAGCUGCUGCACAGCACCUUUGACAUCGUCACCGAGGAAAUCCUUAUGGAGCGCAUCUUUUGCAGCUGGGACAAGGCCCACGAGGGAUUGCCCCUACGUCUCGAGGGCUGGCUAAUUGGUCUAUCCACAUUUCUGCGAGGCACUCCCACGGAACGGGCAGCCUUUUGCUUUCGCGUUUACGAUCUUAACACCGAUGGCUUCAUAACCAAGGACGAAAUGUUCACGCUGCUGAGGAACUGCUUGAUAAAGCAGCCACAGGACGAAGAUCCGGACGAGGGUGUCAAGGAUCUAGUGGAGAUAGUGCUCAAGAAGUUCGACCUGGACAAAGAUGGCAAGGUAUCCAUGGAGGACUUCAUGGGCACGGUCACAGCUGAACCCUUGUUAAUCGAGGCCUUUGGGCAGUGUCUUCCGACGGACAGCGCCGUGGUUUCUUUUUUCUCGACACUGCAGGUGUGAUCUGCAACUGCUACUUAAUAUCUUUGAAUUUGUUAUAU